CUGAACGAGCACGGAGCAUGCGACGAGUUUUAUGAGCGACGAGGCCAAAUCACAACAGAUCUUCCAAAGACUCAAGCCCAUCUGCGUACCACUCCUUGGUGCCUCGCAUCUCAGUACUUCCUCCAUCCCCGAUGUCUCGCGUCGUUUAACCGAACUUCUUGAUGUGCUGAAGAGUACGCGGCAUUCUAGCCCCGAUCUUGUACUCAGCAACUCCCUUCUGUCUUACACCUUCUAUCCACUAUCAACCCUCCUCUCGCGGAACCCGUUGGAGCAAAUCCCAAAUGGUGUACUGGAAAAGAUCCUCCACUUACUGACGAUCUUGUAUGAGGAUUGGUGGUGGUCGUGUGAGGUUAAGCUAUGGGAGCAACUGUUCGUCUUCUGUGCGGGCGUCAUCGCAGACAUGAAGAUGCCGACGGAGAAAGGAAAAGGGAAAGGGAGAGACGACGAGACCAAAUGCGCGGCCGUUCAGUGCAUGUCCAGUCUAAUCCGACCGAGAACCACGGAAGAAGCGACGAGACACGGUGCAGACGCCCCUGCGCGGCUCGGAGAACUGCGUACCCACGCAUCGGCGCAGCGCUUCAUACCGAUCCUCGGCCAAACGCUCGACUCCCUUCUCACCACCGCGAGCUCUCGCUCUCCUGCUUUGCAACAGUGGUCUUUGGAAGUCUUGGACAUCUUGAUCUGCCAUUAUUUCCCCGCGCACCUGACGCCGUCUGUUCUUCCUGGCGUGGUCAGCACCACCACCAAGCUAGCUUUGGGCGCGCACGAGAAUGUGGGGUGGGCCAAGGGAGCGACGGUCGCCGCGUCAUUGAAGGUCAUGGAAGCGGUCAUCGUGCAGUCUAUCGGGGACGAUGUGUGCAUUCGAGAAGGCGCGGUGAUCGCUGUAGAGGAUCUGGGAGACCUCACGGAGCUGAUGAACACUCAGACCAGCCGAGCUCCUUCGGACGAUUCGAAACGCCCUUACGCGACGGUCCGCUCGCCCAGCUGGCUGCAGGGCACUAGUUCGCAGCUGCACAUUGCGCUGAAUACACUGAAGCCUUUGGUUGUGCACGAAAAUCCCGUGGCACUGCAGGCGGUCAUCGCGUUUUCAUCCGGAGUGCUGCAAGCCACGGUGCUCACGCUUCAUCAGAGCCAGGAGCUUUUGUUGUCCUUUUUGCUCUCAUUGUCGAUCCAACCCCUUCCCGCGGUCUCAGUCAAGGCACGGGCGUCUCUGCUUGAUCUGCUGACCGUACGCUCGAGAGCCCAGCAGCCUCUGCUACAGGCGCUCAUGCACAGCACUCGGGACAACCUCACUGCGCUGCCCCGGCUUCUGUUGUCGCAAGCCGAUUCCAAAGUCCAGCACGUGGCGGGCCUGAUCGAGGGAGUCUGCGCUCUGGGAGAAAGCUUAUCAGUCGUUUCCUCCGGUUUGGCGACUCUCCUCGGGCCUACCGGAGGAAUCGAACGUUGGGGAUGGAGGCUUCUCUCUGUGAUGGAACUGGCUGAACCGCCCCGCAUAUUUUCUCGGACAUCUGCAGCCCAACUGAUGCUCGAGAACGAUCCGGACGGCGACGGAGAUCCUGCGUUCCCCGAAUUGACUCUCAGGAAUCUGAGCACGAGGGCGGCGUAUGAGUCGCUUGUGCGCAUGUGGCAGUGCUUGGGGCGAGCAGCGGGGGACAGCUGUUUGUAUGCUGUCGAAUGGUUCAUCGAAAUCGGCCGGAACGGGGUUGGGAUCCAGGCGGUGGCUGCGCUGUGGUGUGCUUCCCGGCUGCUUGAAGGGGUGGCCAACAUUUCUCUGUUCUCUGGCACACAUUCUCUCGGAGAGCAUCGGAGCGCUCGACUGCAGAAACUGGCGCGAUCGGUGGGGAAGCUUCUUGCGGAGCUUUGGGAUCAGACCACCGAGCCCACUUCGCCUCCUCUGCAAAGUGAAACUGUAGAUGAGGACUUGACUGUUCAGCUCGUCAAAGGCCUCGAUCCCGUGGAAGAGAGUCUCAAGAUCUUCGACUCUCGGAACCUGCCGCCGGCCAGUCGCGCACAGGGCACGUUACACGAGAUUCUUUCGUUGCAGUUGCUUGCUAUCACGUCUGGGAUCCUCCAAUCCCGGUCGACGUCCCUUCUUCUGUACACGCUGUAUCCAGUGCUCCACUCCCUGGUCUCUCCCGACUUUCAUCUGUCCUCGACUGCACUGGCGGCACUCAAUUUCAUGGCGCGACACGCAUCCUACGCGUCGCCGGGUAAUCUGCUGCUCUCGAAUUUCGACUACGCGCUCGACGCUGUCUCGCGCAGACUGACGCGCCGUUGGCUGGACAUACGGGCCACCCGAGUGCUGGUUGUGCUGAUCCGGCUGGUCGGGCCGGAGGUCGUCGAUCGCGCAGGAGACGUCGUCGAAGAAUGCUUCGACCGUUUGGAUGAGUUCCACGGGUAUGAUGUCGUGGUGGAGGGCCUGGUCGAAGUGUUGGGGGAGGUUAUCAGGGUCAUCCAGACUGAGGAGGAGCUGUCACGGGCCCACUUACCGCCCCGGCCAGUGUCGCCUUCUUUGCAGAUCCCGUCUGACGAUGCGCAACUCGAGUCGCUCUUUGCGUGGUUCUCCACCCGAUCGCAGGAAGAUCCGGUCCGGGAGGAAGAAUCGCCUGCCUCUGGCGAUCCUUCUGAGGAGCCGAAAGCGUCACCAGCGCAAGCCCUCACGCAGCAGAUUGUCUCCCGGUCAGUCUACUUCCUGACGCAUGGCUCGCCUGUCAUCCGGGCACGGAUCCUGAACCUGCUGGGAUCUUCGGCUUCUGUCUUGGCCGACUCGUCCCUGCUACCGUCGAUUCACACCGCAUGGCCGUUCAUCAUGAACCGGCUGAACGACAAGGAGACGUUCGUCGUCGCUGCCGCUGCAUCGCUGAUCGAGGGACUCGUUCUGCAGACAGGGUCGUUCAUGUACCGGAGAAUCUGGAACGACGUGUGGCCGCGCUUCCGCACUCUGCUUGCGCAGCUGGACAAGGCAGACCGCUCCAAUGCGCUCUCCCGCCCCACGCAAGCCGGGGGGACUGCCUACGCGCACUCGCACCGGCUGUAUCGAGCGAUGCUGCGGAGCAUGACGGCCACGGUCAAGAGCAUCCGCGCGCAGGACGAGUCGAUUUGGCAAGCGGUGCUGGCGUUUCGCAGAUUUCUGCAUUCCCAUGCACACGAUGAGCUGCAGCGAUGUGCACGCGAGUUCUACCUGGCCACAAGCCAAUCCAACGCCGACCUGGUCUGGCUGGCCCUUUCCAUGUCGCUCCCGACCGCUACCGAUGCUAAAAUGGCGUUUCUGCGCCAGCCGAUGUGGGAUAUCCAGGAGAAUGUAGCUCUAAUCUUGAAGUAG